AUGGAUUCAUCAAAACUCUCAAUCUCUCUUCUUAUUUUUCACCUUCUCUCCUUCAAUAUUUGGAUAAUCCCAGGUAACUCUUCCAAGCUCUUUAGAGAAUACAUAGGUGCAGAAAACAGUAAUGUUAGAUUUUCUGAUGUACCAAUCAAUGCACAUGUUGAUUUUCAUUUCAUUCUUUCUUUUGCAAUUGAUUACACGAACACGUCCUCUCCACUUGCCACCAACGGAGAUUUUCUCGUCUACUGGGACACGAAUAACCUUGACCCUCAUCAGAUUUUGGCUAUCAAGUCCAAGAAUCCAAAUGUUAAGGUUGCCAUGAGUCUUGCUGGUGAUACUGUUAAUGAUCAAUUUGUUUACUUCAAUCCCACAUCGGUUUCGAGUUGGGUUGCUAAUGCAGUUAGAUCGAUUACUCAAAUAGUGAAAAAAUAUAAUUUGGACGGAAUAGAUAUAGACUAUGAACAUUUUCACGCUGAUCCUUACACAUUUGCUGAAUGCAUAGGAAGACUUUUAUUCUACCUUAAACAAAACAAAAUUGUGUCAUUUACAUCAAUAGCCCCAUAUGAAGAUGAUUCAGUCCAGCCACAUUAUCUAGUUCUCUGGCAAAAAUUUGGGCAUCUUAUAGACUAUGUUAAUUUCCAAUUUUAUGCUUAUCCCAAGGGGACAACUGUCAAUCAAUUUCUUCAGUAUUUUGAUAUUCAGAGCUCCAAUUAUAAAGGAGGAAAAAUUCUGGUGAGUUUUGGCACUGAUGGGAGUGGUGGAUUAUCUCCGAAAAAUGGAUUUUUUGACGCGUGUAGCAGAUUGAAUGGAGAGGGAAAACUUCAUGGGAUCUUUAUUUGGUCUGCUGAUGACUCCAAGAAAGCUAAUUUUCAGUAUGAAAAGCAGUCUCAAGAGUUUUUAGCCAGUGCAUAG